AUUAAUAUCAUCCAUUGUAUUUUUGGGUACAAUAUAAUCCAUUAUAUUAAACUGCAAGUGAUUCUCAGCUACAAAAUUGGCACGAAUAUUACAAAACCAAGUCACGAGAGGUUACAAGACAACUAAGACAAAGGGACCAAUCUCUCUGACUUACUUACAUAACAGUCCUCAAUUUCAGUUACCUUUUUACAUUAUCCUUCUUUGGCUUCAUUAUCAACAAACUGUUCUUCUUCUUCUUCUUCUUCCACAAACCAAAAACCUGCCCUGUAAUUCAGUCAGAGAGCAUUUUUAAGCAAAUCAAAGCUUCCGAUAUUCAGGGUUCAUCUUCAUUUCCUUCUUCUUCAAUGGCCGCAUUAUCAAAGUUUGAGCCAUUUGUGUUUGCGCGGUUUCUCCUCAUAUUUCUUUUCUCAAUUCAGAUGGCCCUUCACUUUCAUGUUGUCCCAACUAUUGCCCUGAGAAUUGGGGUUAAUUUGGAACCGUCAAUCCAAGUGAAGAAAGAAUGCAGCAGAAAAUGUGAAUCCAAGUAUUGUGGACUGGCUCCAUUUCUAAGAUAUGGGAAGUACUGUGGAGUUCUGUAUAGCGGAUGUCCGGGGGAAGCUCCUUGUGAUGGCUUAGACGCUUGUUGUAUGAAGCAUGAUCAGUGCAUUCAAAGGAAAAAUAAUGACUACCUCAAUGAGGAGUGCAACCAAACCUUCCUGAACUGCGUGAAUGCUUUCAAGAAAUCCAAAGCUCCGACGUUUCAUGGGAACACUUGUUCAGUUGAUGAAGUUGUCAAGGUCAUUGACGAGGUGAUUGAAGCAGCAAUAAUUGCUGGAAAAUUAUUCCCUCAUAAUUAAUUAGAAUCUCUUUAAUGUAUUAUGAGCAUUGCAGCCACCACUAAUCACUUUGUUCUGUGAAAAUUUUAUUAAUUUUAUUUAUUAAUUAACUUCUAUGCGUUUUAUUGUUUUCGGUUGAAGGUUCUUUCUAAUUUGUUGAAAUUGGUUCACUGUAACAAGGCUAUGGUUAGGUUUUUUCUUAGCACUAGAUUUCAAUUUCAUCGAAUAUGAGGUUUAGGGUCCUAAAUAUAUUGUUUGAACUGACUGUAUCUUGAAAUUAUGAUCGAAAUAAUCGUAUAGUUUGAAUUUUUAUUUUUAAUACCAAUUUAUAUUGAAAAUAGAAAUCUAAAUUAUACAAUUAUUUUAGCACGUAAUUUAGAGAUAAAUAGAAUUCAUUAACAAGUGUUCAACAAAACAAGAGGAUCCAUCUUGUUUCGUGUUGGAGACAUACUUGACAAUGGCCAAGUGCGCUCUCUCUAUAUA